AUGGUGUGGGAGGGGCUGGAGGACGAAGCAUGGGACUUCGAUGGCGAGGACCCUGAGGGCCAGGGGAGAGACGACCGGGGCUCCGCCUUCGGGUUCGACUUCUCUCUCCUGUCUCACCCCAAGGUACCAAUCUCUCUCUCUUUCCCUCUCUCUCGCUUUCUUUUCGCUCUGUCUCUGUCUCUGUCUUCCUCUUUCUCUCUCGUUCUCGUUAUGUAUAUAUUAUGCAUGCAUAUGCCUAUUUUUUUGGUCUCUGUGUUUCUCGUCUCCAUUCCUCCUCGUGGUUAUUUUUCCUUGUGGCAUUCUGGGUUUUAUCUGCAUGUGCCUCUGCGAGUGGUGGGCCUUUUCUUCUCCUUCCAUGUGAGGAUAAUAUGUGGAUGCAACCAUGGAUAUGGGGUAUUCAGGACUCAUUAUUCUUCUGUGUGAAAGACAUUAUAAUAAUAUUCAUUGUGUCUGAUGCGAUAUCGUUCAUCUCCUACAAAAGCCAGCUCCAUCAGAUCCCUUUAAGCCGUGUUCUUCUAGGGAGUGUGCAACCCUUUAAGCUCCACGCGGGUGAAUGAAUCCGCCAUUGAAGUAUUUCAGAACUGAAAAGAUGGGGAAAAACUUGGUUUGUGGAAAGCAAUGUUCUCAUUGUUACCUAGGUUCUCAGGAUUCACUUAUUACAGUCUUUUAGAGGUACAGGGUGAAUACAAGUGUUUGUGAGACAACGUUUCUUCUAUGUUACACUGACCUCCGAAAGUUUAUGACGAUGCUUGCAUAAAGAUAUUCAAGAAUAAUCGGUCAGAGUUAUAGGGUUGUGAUUUUUUUACAGAUAUAUCCUGUACGUUUAUCUCGCUGCUGGGAUGUUAUGUUCUAAUUUCAGGUUAUUUUAGUUGGAGAAGAUGUGUGGAUCAAAGCUAUUUUCUGCGUUUUUUUUUUUUCACGUAGACCCGAAUCAUUCUGUUUUCUAGGGAACAAGAGCUCUUUUUCCUGAUACCCAUAACUCCAUGGAAUCUGUGAUAAUAAUUCUUCAAGACCUCAGUAUUUCUUCUUUGCUCUUGAUCUAACGACAAUUUAGUCAUUGUACAUCUAUAUUUUACUCUGAUUCUUCUUUGUACCGUGCUCCUGCUGUUUGUUAUGUACUAUUUGCCAUAAUAAUGAUUAAAUAUUUUGAAGGAUUAUGCCAUGUAAUUUGUUUCAUCAUUGAUUGAUUUUCCUUACAGGAUUACUACCGGAUACUGGAAGUUGAUUAUGAUGCGACAGAUGAAACCAUCAGAUCAAACUAUAUUCGAUUAGCAUUGGUUUGUGACUCUUUUUAAAGAGUUAAAUUAUUACUUUUUGGUUCAGUGCACUGCCUAAACGUUAACCACCAUCUCGUAUGCUCGUAAAGAGACUAUUCAAGAGAGUUUGCCCCUCAAAACGAUUUUUUGUUUCUGCACAGAAAUGGCAUCCUGACAAACGAAAAGAUGAUGACGUUGCAACUUCAAGAUUUCAAGAGAUAAAUGAAGCAUACAACGGUUAGCUUUGUUUAGAUAGUGAAUUUACCACUAUAAAAGUUGCAUGCUCAGAUAUUUGUUUUUUCCCUUUGUAAUUUAGUAUUUAGACUCUUCAUCUGUUUCUUGCACAAAACACUUUGGGAGGCAAAGUUAGACAUUAUUAUUGCACUGGUGGUUUCUUCAGGCCGUAGUGAGUUCCAUUGAUGGUGGUUUCUUCAUUAGCAAUUGUUUUUGAUAAAGUUAGCUCCUUUUCAAAGGGUUCGCCUCUACUGGGAGGGUAAUAUUUUGAUUUGGAAAAAUUUUGCCUAAGCUAUAUUGAGAUGCAGUGCUUUAUAUCUCCUAAUGUAAAAGGAAAAAACUCAUUGUGUAUGGCUAUCAUAGGUUUGGGUAGUGCUUAUUCUUUCAUAUCUAUUAUAGUGGGUUGUAUUGGUUCAUUAGUUUUUUGUUCAUGAACUGUAAAUGCGACUUUUGGAUGCUUCCUCUACUGAUAUAAGUGGGUUGCUUCUGCUGCUUCUGUCUUAAAUAUGCAAAAUAAUCUAAUCAUCUUUUAGGAAUUCUUUGAUUUUGACAAAGAAAAUGCCGUUUCUUUGCAAGUUCAAGAAAUUCAUUUUACCCCUUCUUCACAACUGUUAUCAAAAGUCCAUUGUCCUUUUCUGGUCUUCCUAGUAAUUGAACAAAGGGUAAUCGAUUAAAUGCUAUUUUUUGUUAUUUAUCUUGGUUUAUAUUAGUGUUAUUAUACCUUCUUCGUAUUCCUUGUUUAACUCGAAAAACUAUGAGGUAGCUUAUGCAAUGAAGAAUAGUUAUCUCAUACCCAAAGAGUGCUGUCUCUGAUGUGUUUGUGACACCUGCUCCAAACUUGUUACACGAAUAUGGGUGAAGAAUCUUAACAAUGAUAACAUAAAAUGAAUCUAGAAAAAAAUUCCUAAUGUCAAGAUUCAUUAAAGUAGUUCCACCCUUUAAUAUUAAGAAGACUGCACUCUAAUUUUGAAGUGUGGGGUAGCACUUUUUAUCGGAAAGAAUGAUACAAAUGUACAUUUGUCUGGUGCAUCACUGUGUUGGUUUCUUUUCUGUUAGAUGACUGAUCUAUACAUGAUUUGAACUGAAUGUACUCGCGUCUGUCAAAAAGAUUAGUUAUUUCAUCAUGUACGUAAUGCAUUUUUCGACCAUUUGUACUGUCUAUCUUUCAUAAAUGACUGUAUUUUUUCUACUUUUUCUUGACAGUCUUAAGCAAUCCUGUCAAAAAGCAAGAAUAUGACAAGUGUGGGAUUUUGUACGUCCAAGACCAUUGUGUGAAUGUGAGAUCUGUUCCUUUUCUCAUAACGACGGUUCGAAUAGUGGAUUUAUAUUGGCUGAAUGCUUUUAAAGUGUGAUAAUGCCUUUUCAAACGCUUUUCGUCCUCUUUUCAUACUUUGAUGUGUGUAUAUGUCAGCUGUGAAAGGAGUUGGAUGCAUUUUUCGUAUCAAAGAGGUUAUGGAAAAACAAAGAAAUGUUUAUCAAACAGACUCAACAGGAGUCAUAGAUUCUGCACCAAGGAAAUGUUACAGAAUGUUUCCUUGCAUUCUGUUUGACUCAACGUGACCCAAAGAUAAAUCUGGGUUCCUGUUGCUGCACCUGUACCUCUCAGUAUAGAAUUCGAUGCCCUGAAUAUUGCAUUUUUUUUCAAAGCACUAUCUUGGACUAGUAACAAAGUGUUAUUUCAUGGAAUGCUGUACAACAGACCUGAUAAUUCGUUAUUAUUCUGUCGAGAAGAUCAUACAAUAUUUUGGUCAAUUUAAUAAUGCUCAGUUAUAGAUUUAUUUAACCAGAAAGUUACAGCUCUUCAAUGUCAGCUGUUUCAGUUCUUGGCAUCUUCUUCUUCAAUGGCCCAAGUUCUGGAGAUUUUAAAGUAUUCUUUCCUUUAGAGGAAAAUUUCCCUCAGCUUAUUAAGUUGCGCUUUCACUAGCCAACUCAAGUUUAAAUUCCCUAGCUUUGUCAUUGUUUGGAAUACUUUUAGGUAACCAGAGACCAUUCCUUUUGACCUGGAAGCCGAGAGAGCUAUCUACGAUCCUUGAAAAACCCACUAAAUAUUUCGUGACCGAAAAACUCUAACUUUCUAUCUUGUGAACAAUUCUAGACUGCCCAGCUUUGUUAUUCUACUUCCAUUAGUGUAUUCGUCUGAACCCUUCACAAACCAGACAUGGGUCAUGCGGCCCUUACCUCCAUAACACAUACCUGUCUUAGAGGCAACCUUUUCUAAUCAGCCAAUCAUGUGUAUCUGCUUAGGAACUGCUGAGAAUGGAGUUGGCUUAUGCGAACCAGCAUCAUGUGGCAAUCCUAGCAUCAUGUGGUAUGCAUAUAAACAUGUUACCUGUGAUAUAUUUACCGAAUUCAUGACCCAUACGAUUCCCCUUUCUUCUCUCACUGAAUCUUCCCAUCUCUGCUAUCAGAAGUGAAGCAUCAAUUCUAGGUGUUAUUGUGAUGAUAUUGUAAUUUACAGUAGAUGCAGAAAGUUUUCUCUUCUCUCGUGGGGCAUCUCUUCACCUGUUGCUGUGGAUGAUGGGUAGAUAACCAGGUUCCAUAAUUUCUCUUUAUUUUCCAUAACUUUUCUCUUAUACGAGGUUCCAGAAAUCGUUCCUCAAUCUCGACAAUGACCAUAAAGAUAGAAGAUUCUGAAUCAAUGGCCUUUCAACGAACUAUUAAAAACACCUAAACACAGCGACGAAGAUAUAAUCUGGCUGGGUCAGUCAGAGAACCUGAAGAAGAUCUGAUGAAAGAAAAACGUAGACAUAAGGAAUUGAGUCACGAACACUCUACCCUUUGGAUUACUAAUCCAGGAAUUUUCUUAGGGUUGAUUAAGAGAGCUGACUUGAGAAGAGAACCAAAGAGAAGUAAUCCAAGUAUAUGGAAGAAAAAGUCAUUUUAUUUAUUUAUUUGAAUAGUAGUUUUUCUCAUCUAAUCUAUCUAUAAACCUUAUCAUCUUCCCAUAAGUAACAGACCCCAGAGGGAUGGGCACUUUUCCUGUUCAAUCUCCUGGGCAAGUGGGAAACCUUUGACACAUUUACUUGUUUCUGCAUAUUUCUGGUCUUCCUUUUCCUGUUGAAUCUUUCAGAGCUUUCUGAUAGUUUCAUAAGGCUGAUGUAAGUUGAGAAUUUUUAGUAUUAUCACUGAGAACGGGGAACUGAAGAUUGUAUAUAAAGAUCUCUCUUUUCUUUUUCUUCUUUUUUUCCGGCCCAUCUUUCAUCUAACUCAUCAAUCGUAUUUCAGGAUUAUCUCAAUCGGCAUAAGAGCUUGAUUCUAACAUGCAAUGGCCUUGGCAUUAGAUACUCAUUAUGGUAA